AUGCUUGUGGCUCCCUGUCUAAGGACUUUGUCGGCCGCUGUUGCUUGGCAAGGGUCAGAAAAGUCUUUCCAACGUCAGCUGGCGCAGCCGAACCAGAAACGGAUCAGGAUCUAUAUCUCCAGCCGGAAGUCGGUCCGCUCCACUAUCAGCCGACUAUGGCUCGCGUUUCUGGAUUUCUGGGAGGUCCUGGCGGCGCUGGCAGACGUGCGCGUAGACAUAGGCCUUGCUCGAGGGAUUUUGGUCAACCCCGGAGCCAUGGCGAGUGCAGAAGGGCGAUACUACGAGGCUGAGUUUCCCGAGCUGGAGGAGAUUGUGGUCGUGCAGGUGAAGCGCAUCGUUGACAUGGGCUCAUACGUCUCCCUGCUCGAGUAUGACAAUCAUGAGGGCAUGCUCCUGAACAGCGAGCUUUCCAAGAGGCGGAUUCGAUCCUUAGCAAAGCUCGUGAAGGUUGGGAAAACCGAAAUCUGCAUGGUCCUGCGCGUAGACCAGGAGAAAGGCUACGUGGACUUGUCAAAGCGGCGAGUGGAGCCCGAGGAUGCAACGGCCAAGGAAGAGUCCUUUGCCAAAGCCAAGGCUGUGCAUGGCAUCAUGAGGCACGUAGCGCAGACGCACCAGAUCCCGGUGAACGAGCUGUGCUGCAAGGCCUCCUGGCCACUUUACAAGAAGUACAACAAUGCCUUCGAGGCUUACAAGAAGCACAUCAAUCAGGAGAUCGACCUUUGGUCGGAGAUCGACUUCAGCCAGCCAGGUAUGGACCUCACACACCUGGCGGACAAGAUCAAGGAGGAUAUCGAGACCAACCUCAAGAGAAGGUUGAUCCAAGCAACGAUCCGACUCCGAGCCAAAAUUGAGGUCUCCUGCGACAAAUACGAGGGCAUCGAUGCCGUCAAGGAUGCCUUGGCCGAGGGCUUCAAGGCUAGCACGGAGGAGUGCGAGGUGAAGAUCAACUUGGUAGCCCAUCCACUCUUCGUGCUGACUUGCAUAUGCAGGGAUAAGCCGACGGGCAUGGCAGUUCUUGAGGACGCUAUGGAGAGGAUUAAAACCUCGAUCGAAGAGAAGAAGGGCGAGUACCUGACCGUGCUCAAGCCGGAGGUCACUGGCCAGGAGGAGACCACCAUGCAAUCUCCAAUCUCGUGCAGUGAAGGUCCUGCUGUGUUGGUGGCGUCAGGUUCGGAGUGCGCAUUGUUCGGUUUUUGCGUUCGUUUGGGCUUUGGGACUCGCGGGGGAUAA